AUGGGGCCAGCAGCGAAAAGGAGAAAGGUGGCCAGCAAAGUCGAAGAAGUUACCUUCGACGCUGCCGAUCGCCAGCAGUUUCUCACAGGCUUUCGCAAGCGCAAACAACAACGCAUUAAACAUGCACAAGAGGUGGCCGAGCAGAAGGCCCGUGAACUGAAGCGUGAGGAGCGCAAAAGGAUCCGCGAAGAGCGAACCGCAGAAUUCCAGCGCGCUAUCGAGGAACAUAAAAAACAACUCAAGAGAUUGAAGGAAGAGGACAGUGAUGAGGACAACUCGAGUUCGGGAAGUGGUGAUGAAGACGACCAGGAAUGGGAAGGGUUCGAAGAACCCCCAGCCGUGGAUUACGAGGCCGAAUACAUAGACGAAGACAAGUACACGACGGUCACAGUGGAAGAAAUGGAUCCUUCCAGGGAAGGCCUACUGCGAUCGGCAGGCAAUGAGUCGGACGACGAGGAAGAGGAGCAGACGGAGACGAAACCUGCACCGGACACCAAAUCAACCGCGGCCGGCGAGAAGACGAAAAAGAAGACCGAUAACAAGCCGAAAAAAAAGAAGAAGAAGUUCCGCUACGAGUCUAAAGAGGAACGCAAGCUUACGAGGGUGAAGGAGCGCGCGGCGAAAUCGAGGAAAGCCCAGGCUCGACGAGACCGCUCAUAA